GGCCUAUCCCAUGGAUAGAGCCAUCAGAGUAGGUUAUGGUUCCAGCUCUACUCUUCUAGUGAAACUUCAGCACACGGCCAGAUUAUCACCUGCUUCUUCUUGUUCUAGCAAUAUAAAUGGUAGCCCAAACUCUUGUGGAUGUUUGUUACACACACGUCUAAAUGCUCUCUCAAGUCGACGAAUUGGGCUCGAAAUUUCUUUGAGAUGGCCUCAUUUCUCCUGUGAGAAUUUUCUAGAGCAAGGGCAUGGCCAGAAAACGGGCAACUUAUUUCCAGGAGAAUUUUCAAACGCUUUAAUUAAUAGAAUAGUUCUUGAUUUGAAAAAAACUCAUUCGUCUAUUCAUUUAUGGUUUUUGUAGUUCCAGGACAGGAAAGUAUUCACGACAAGCUGAAAAUUGGCCUUUCUAGUCUCCGUUUGGGAUUAAAAUUUCAUCAGCUGAUUUUUUAUUUCGCUAUCCACUGGUACAUGAUUUUUUUCGCCCUUUGCUGAACAACACAGUAUUCAAUUCCAUUCAAUUAUGGCAGAAUCCAAUCCUUUGCUUCUUUGUGUUAAGUGUUCCUCAGUGCCACAACAACUUUGACCCAAGUCAAGUUUUCUGUGAAACUUAUUUAUCGUUUCUUGAUUUUUGGUUCUGAAACUGUUUUUGUUCAUCCUUGUGGAGCAAGGGAUUCUUGGGCUGAAGGUCACCUUGGUGUUUGGUUUGGCCAUCCACAGUAAACCAACAAGAUGAUUGCCUGCUUCAGACCCAAGAAUAAGGACAAGAAAGCGGUGGAGGAGACAUGCUUAAUGAUAAAUGGGCGAACGUUAUUGGAGACCUCAAUCGCGUUUAAUAAUGGCAGAGGUAGUAAUCCAACUCGUUGCUUCUCUGUCAAAGAGCUGAACAGUGCCACAGAUAACUUCCAUCCAAGUAAAAUCUUCUGGGACGAUGGCCCCUAUAAAUUGUACAGUGGUGUUCUGCAGGACCGCCCAAUUAUAUUGAAAAAGUUUGAAGAACAAAGAGCGAGAGAGUAUUCUAUUAGAGAAAUUGUCUUCGCAUCAGAAUUCAGCUCUCAUAAAAAUGUUCUCAAACUGUUGGGAUGCUGCUUGGAGACUGAGAUUCCCUUUCUAGUUUUUGAGUCUGAAAAGAAUGGAACUCUUCAUGAUCAUAUAUACGAUCCUUAUGCAUCCAAUUUUCGACCCUUGACAUGGAAAACUAGGCUGAAGAUUGCACUUGGUGUAGCUAAUGCCAUUGCAUUUCUUCAUACUGCAUUUCCAAAGCCUAUUAUUCAUAAAGAUAUCAAACCAUCUAAUAUCUUACUAGACGAAGACUAUGUUCCCAAGUUAGUAGAUUUUACUUUAUCUGAAUCUAUCCCUGAAGGGCAUUUCUAUGUGGAGCAUGCACUGCGUAGAGAGAAUGUUCCCGCAGGCGUACUGGGAUUUCUGGCUCCUGAAUAUUUCAUGAAACGUUUAAUCAAUGAGAAGGUGGAUAUUUAUGGUUUUGGUGUAGUUCUCCUAUCACUUUUGACGGGCAAAAGGCCACAAAAUCCUUUUCCUUCUGCAUCUCCGGGGAACUGUUCUUUGGUCCAAAUUGUGAAGAAAUAUGUGGAUAACCAAAUGUUUAAUGAGACUUUAGUAGACCCUGCAGUGUUAGAAGAGGAACCAUGGCCUGGGAAAGAGCUGCAACUGCAGAAUUUUGCAUUGCUUGCCCUUCAGUGUGCCUGUGAUCUUGAAGACAAUAGACCAGAAAUCAUUGAUGUGGCAAAACAACUCAGGCAGAUGUAUCAGUCUGUGAUCUCCAAUUGUUGAGAUAAAUUCUGUUUUCUGUAUUAUUUCAUGGAUUUAGCAUUUUUUAUGUCACCCUGUGCUAUCUUUCAAAACUAUGGAACUUACUGGUGCUUUCAGGGCACUUGUUAUUAAACAGUUAAAUUCCUCUAAUUGCUCUCAUUAUUUUAUAAAGUUUUAUUUACAUGAUGAAAACUUAUCAUAACACAA